AAGCGAAACAGAUUGAUUCGCUUACUUCUCAGCAUAUUCCUCCAGCUCUUGUAAUGAAAACAUGGAAAAAUUAAUACUGUUAUGACAGAAUUGUUAGAGCGUCAGACAAAAGUACCUUGCGGUAUUUGUUCCAGCUAUUCACAUUCUUAUUUACAGACCCGCCGAGGUCAACUCGGCCUCCCUUGAAGGUCGAUAAAGCUUUGAUUAUUCUGUUAAGUACUGGGAUCUGAUAUUGGCUUACUUCUCCCUUCUAAUUUCUGCCAUUGUGUAUCAAUAACACAUACAAUAAUCUUACGUGAUGAAAUCAAGAAACAAACGGAAGUCUAAGAAAGAAAUAACAGCACCAGUUCCAAAACGAUCCAAAGUUUGUCACAGAAGUCACUGUUCUGAGGAAGGCUUAGUUCUUGUGGUCGGAAGCGGUGAUGUCGGUCAGUUGGGUCUUGGGCCUGACAUAAUGGAGAAGAGCCGGCCAGCGUUGGUUGAGCUUCCAGAAGCUGUGAUCCAGGUGUGUGCUGGAGGGAUGCACACUAUAUGCCUUACUGUAUCUGGAAAGGUAUAUUCAUUUGGCUGCAAUGAUGAAGGCGCUUUAGGACGUGAUACAACAGAAGAAGGCUCAGAAACCACACCGCAGCUUGUUGAGUUACCAGGAAAAGUGGUUCAAGUAUCAGCGGGCGAUAGUCAUUCUGCAGCUUUGUUUGAAGAUGGCAAGGUUUUUAUUUGGGGUAACUUCAGGGACGGAAACGGUUCACUUGGCCUCACAACAGAGGGCCCUGUGAAAGAACCAAUGGAAUAUGUACCAUCAGAAACAUUUGUGAAAAUAGCAAGCGGAGGAGAUCAUUUGGUUUUGCUAACUCUAGAUGGUAGAAUUUAUACUGCUGGUUGUGGAGAACAGGGACAACUUGGCAGAAUUGCCAAACAAUUUUCCAGUCGUGGUGGAAGAAAAGGCUUAGAAUUGAUUUUAUCACCACAAAUAGUCCGUUUCAGAGGAUCCAACAAGGUUCAGCCUAAAUUCUCUGAUAUCUGGGCAAUUCAGUAUGCCACUUUUGCUGAGGAAAAAGAAACUGGACAUAUAUAUAGUUGGGGUUUAAAUAAUUAUGAUCAGCUUGGUUUCAGGGAUAUGGAAGACAGAUUCGUUCCACAAAAAGUCCUCAGUUUUAGUAACCAAACUUGGUUGGAUAUAGGAGGUGGCAUGCAUCAUACAGUAGCACUUAGCAGUGAUGGUAAAGUGUAUGUUUUGGGGCGUGGGGAUUACGGACGUCUUGGCUUAGGAGAGUCUGUCACUCUGGUAAAACAGCCUACAUGCGUUGAGGCAUUGAAAGAUAAAGUUAUCAAGAUUUCAGCUGCUGGUUCUGUUUCCUAUGGAGUUACAUCAGGUGGUAAAUUAUACGCUUGGGGCAUGGGUACAAACAAUCAAUUGGCGAGUGGAAACGACGACGAUGCUUGGAUUCCAAAGCAGAUGGGUGGCAAACAGCUAGCAGAAAGGAAAGGAAUAGCCAUUUCAGGUGGAGGACAACAUUGUGUGAUGCUCUGUAAACCAUCCUAACCAAAUAUAUUU